AUGGUGGCAACAGAAGACGUCCCGUACAGGAAGGUUCACAUUGAGGCGGGCCUCCAGCCGGACACCGUAUAUGCGGCUUCCCUCGCGCCGUGGCGAGAUGGGCUGCGCCGCUUGAUCGUCGAGUCCCUCCGCGCCGAGAGCGAGUGGAUCGCGUCUGUGCAGCGAGAGUACCGCACCAAGGGGCGGGACAAGUUCUUCUUCUGGUCUGCUGUGUUUGGCACACACACGUUCUUUACGGCCUUCCUCCCGCUGCUCUUCUUCCUUGGGUAUGCCGACAAGGCUCGCGGGUUGGUCUUUGUUGUCGGCCUCGGAAUCUACCUCUCGUGCGUUGUGAAAGAUAUCACAUGCACACCCCGGCCGUUUGCGCCGCCUGUCACACGCCUGUCGGUGUCGACACACCACCGCGAGUAUGGCUUCCCGUCGUCGCAUUCGACGAACUCAAUCUCCAUUGCCCUCUUCCUUGGUCAGUGGCUGUGGGAGCAGCGUGAACAUGUAGGUUCAUCGGCCGUCGUGUUGGGCUGGAUCGGCAUGCACUCGAUCCCCGACAUUAUUGGCGGCACGCUUCUCGGCACGCUCUGCUGGGUGAUCUGGGUGAUCUUUGGCACCGCAAUCCGCGCAUGGAUCGAGAGCGGCAGCCUCUCCGUCCCCAUCGUCAUGGUCCCACUCACGUUGGGUCUAGUGCACUACCACCCGGAGACGCCCGACGACUGCCCGUGUUUCGAGGAUGCGAUCGCCAUCCUCGCGGUCAUCCUCGGCGUCUCCAUGGGCUGGCUGCUCAACGUCCGCGAGCCGCAGUUCAGCGUCUCCAUCAACGUGUGGCGCUACGGCAUCUUGUGGGCUAUUCCGGCGAUCGUUCUGCGCGUGGUGCUUGGCAUCGGCACCAUCUUCCUCUGGCGCCUUGUCAUGAAGAGGACGCUCCUCACUUUGCUUCCGCCCGCGUUCCGGCUCUUCUCGAAGGUACUGGAUGUGCCACUCCCCACGCGCCGGUUCUACCUUCCCGCAACUAACUACAACGAGGCAGAGACACCUAUUCGACCCAUUCCCUCGUUCGCCGAGUUGGGCAACCUCCGGGAGUCCAAUCCCGACUCACCUUCCCCUGCGCUCGCUCCGGUCCAUCCCGUCCGUUCCCCCUCCCCUUUCAAGCUUGAGAAGGAGGCACUGCAUAUGCGCCUGAGACAUGCCGCCAAUGGCAAUGGCAGCACGUCCGGAUCCGGGAACGGGAACGGCUCCUCCCCUGAGAAGGAGAAGGCCGUGGCCACGGAGCCCAGGCGUUCGCGCGGCCGCAAGCGGCCCACAACACACUACGAUGCCGAGGUCCUCACCAAAGUGGUUGUAUACACCGGCAUCGGGCUCCUCGCAUCUGCCCUCAUCCCAUCCUGCUUUCCGGCCAUCGAGGCACGCUUGGGAUUGCCUUGA